AUGAACAAUAAUACGUGCGACAUAAGUGAUGAUCGAUUAUUCAUGUUACUGGAUCAAGCGCGCAUCCCGAUUGGGAUUGCUUUUUGCGACACAGUCGGAUAUGUUGCAAAAGUGGAGGGCAUCUCUAUGCAACCUGCGUUGAAUCCAGAUUUACGAUAUCCUGAUUAUGUAUUUUUAAAUCGUUGGGCUGUCCGAAAUCAAGAUAUAAAGCGUGGUGAUAUAGUCUGUAUUACAUCUCCCAAAGCGCCAAAUCAAACACUCAUCAAAAGAGUUGUAGGACUUAGUGGAGACAUUGUGGACACGCAUGGAUAUAAGCUCAGUGUUCUUCAAGUAUGGAUGUACCACAAGGCCAUUGUUGGUUGGAAGGAGAUCACAUUGGGCAUUCUAUGGACUCUAAUUUUUUUGGACCAAUUUCUCUGGGUCUAA